AAGGUAACAGCCAUAUUGAAAAAAGAAGAAUCAGUCAGAUCCGAACAUGAACUUGAAGUUCUGAAGAAUUGCUCUCAAAUCGUUGGUGAGAUAUGCAAGAGGAAGUUGAACAAUAAACGGCAUAUGGAGAGAAAACAGGAGGUGGAAGACAUAUCACAUGACCUGGAUAAGAAAUGUAGAAAACUGGCCUCAAUUAUCGAACAUUCCAAGUCACUGAUAAUCUAUUCUGGAGCUGGCAUUAGCACUGCUGCAUCAAUACCUGACUACAGAGGGCCAAAUGGCAUUUGGACUUUACUAAAGCAAGGAAAGCAAUGCCUGACUUCUGAUCUUAGCCUAGCCGAGCCUACGCUUACUCACAUGUCGAUAGCUGAACUAUACAAAAAGGGAUAUGUUAAGAGGGUCGUGUCGCAAAAUUGUGACGGUCUGCAUCUUCGAAGUGGCCUGCCACGGUCGGCCCUCAGUGAACUUCAUGGGAACAUGUACAUUGAGGUUUGCAGAACGUGCCAGCCACGAAUUGAGUACCUGAGGUUGUUUGACGUCACGGAGCGAACUGCAAUGCGUCGUCACAAGACGAGUCGAUGUUGUCACCAGUGUCGAUCGGCCCUACACGACACCAUCAUUCACUUCGGUGAGAAGAGUCCCUUUCAAUCUCCUUACAACUGGAAACAGGCUUCAAGUGCAGCUAACAAAGCAGAUGUUAUACUAUGCCUUGGUACCAGUUUGAAAGUUCUCAAGAAGUAUGAUUGUCUCUGGGUAAAGCACAAACCACUUUCUGAACAGCCGAAACUCGUCAUCGUCAAUCUGCAAUGGACCCCAAAAGAUAAGCAUGCCGUCCUAAAAAUCAAUGGCCGGUGUGAUGACGUGAUGAUGCAGCUGAUGAAUCUAAUGAAUAUUCAAGUACCUAGAUACGACAGAUACAACGACCCACUUUUCCACCUGUCAACCCCCCUCCGACCGAACGAACUCGAUUCCACCACCAAAAAACUUCUCUCUCUACCAGAUGGUUUCGUGAAGAAGACGCACUACCAGCUAAGGUUCAAGGUCGAGAAGAGGGCUACGAC